AUGGCAGCCAAGGCUACAGCCAUGAAUCUUCAGCUGAAGGCCUUUGUGAUCCUCAGCUUGGUGGCUUCAUCUGGGCUGAGCCUCUCAAUCUUGGCUCUUUGCUUCAUCUUCCUCCUGGGCCUCAAGACUGAGCUCAGCACCUUGGUGCAGGUUCUGCAGAACCUCAGAGAUGACCUUUGGUAUGCUUCUGAUCAUUCUCAGCAGAGGCUUGACUUCAUCUCAGAGAAGGCACUCUACAGCAGGACUGCCUCAGAUGAAGAGCUCAGGCAGGGGACCCUGGUGGUGGAGAACACUCAGCGACCUGAGCUCUCAGCACUUUGGGCCCACCAACCUGAGAAUGGCAUCCAUGAGCUGCUGGCCUCAGCACAUGCUUUCAGCUGUGCUAAGCAACAUUGGCUCAGUGCACAUAGCAGGGAAGUAGGACUCAGAACCAAGGCUGAGAGGCUCAAUGUGCUUAGCAGCAUAGACCUCUCAGAUGUGGCUGAGCCUGACCUACUUUCUCAGUGGAACAUUGAAGCUGAGGUGGAAUGGCACCUCAGUGAUCUACAGGCUCAGAAUGAAUUCUGA